AGAACAAAUAGUAAUGAAAAAGUUUUAUAAAAAUUGGGUAAAAGAUUCUGAUGCAAAAGUUUGUUUUUAAUGUAGAAAACUAUUUAUCUUUAUUUUUAGAAGAAGACAUCAUUGUAGAAUAUGUGGGUAAAUAUUCUGUUCUAAAUGUGGAAAUUAUUAUUUUUCUACACUUACUUAAGAAAACAAUAAAAUCAUAAAAAAUACAAGACUAUGUAAACAAUGUUUUGAUAAAUGUAAGGAUUAUUUAAAAUAGGAAAAUAUUUACGAGAAAUCAGACGAAGAAUUCGAUGAAAACUCCGAAGACGAAAUAGAAGAAGAAAAAAUUAACCAGUUAUUAUUCUUAAAUUCAAAUUAUAAAGAUUUGUUUGAUUAAAAUUUAAGGAAACUAACAAAUAUUAUAUUUUAGAAUGAUUAAUAUAUUCUUGAUAAUAGAGAUACCUUUUUCUUAAUUGUUAAUUAAUGUUUGAAAUAACUAAAAACAAUUAAAAAGAAGAACUAUUUUAUUUAAAAUAAUAAAAACGAAAUGGAUAUUAAUUAAUAAAUUUUUAUU